AUGGUUCGCGUGGGACUUCAAAUAUCUGCCACAUUGGAGAACAUAGAUAAAUUAGAGACUUCCCAUCCAGACUAUCCAUUCUUCGUGAAGUUGACCUGCAGCAACUGCGGCGAGCAGUCCGACAAAUGGCACGACAUAACCGAAUCGGAGCGAGUGCAGCAGGAUACCCGGAACACGGCCGGAUUUAAUUUCUUCAUGAAAUGCAAAAUGUGCAGUCGGGAGAAUAGCAUCGAUAUUGUGGAAAAGUCAAACGUGCCCUACACGGCGGAUGAUAGUGGAAAACUUAAGACUAUCGUCAUCUUUGACUGUCGCGGCCUGGAACCUGUUGAUUUCUCCCCCCGCUCCGGCUGGAAGGUUUUCUCCUCCGAAAAUGGCCAGUCUUUCGAGGAUGUCGAUCUAUCGGAAGACGACUGGGUGGAGUACGAUCAGAAGAAUAACAACUCCGUAGGGGUCUACGAGUUCGCCUCAAAAUUCAUCAAAUUAAAGAAGUGAGCAGAGAUCUUUACUCAUAUUGUCUCUUUGGUUCUCCUCAUUCAAUAUUAUGAAUAAACACAGAGAAUACGCUCUCGCUCUCAUAAGACAGUAGAAAUAGGAUCUGCUCUUUCGAGGCAGGCAAAU